AUGUCGAGGUCACACACAGUCGCGUGUUACUGUCUGAUCGCACUACUGGUCCUAACACUGGCGGGCUCAGUUAAAAAUGGGAACGGAGGAGGUGACAGAGAGAAUUUUUGGGCGACGGCGAACGGAAGAAACUGUGAUGUUCGGAGAGGGAAGCAAAUGGCGGAGAGGCCAUGUGAGGAGAUAUACGUAGUUGGGGAAGGGGAGACGCUUCACAGCAUCAGCGACAAGUGCGGCGACCCGUUUAUCGUGGAGCGUAACCCGCAUAUCCAUGACCCGGAUGAUGUCUUCCCAGGUCUCCUCAUCAGAAUUCACAUUAACCUAGCUCCCUAG